GGUUCGUCAUUUGUUUCGCUUGGUCGAGUAAAACAAAAAUAAGGGUAUAAAUUAUUUAAAAUCAUGGUGACCGUAAGAUGUGUGCUUGAAAAGUGCGGCAACAAACGGAAGAAAAAGAACAAUACCAUCUCGUUCUUCAGCUUUCCAAAGGAAGAUCAAUCGCUGAAAAGAUGGCUCGAAUUCGUUAACAAACACAACAAGAAGAGCAAAUUGGAUGAGCAGAACUUGGUCCGUGAGAAGAUGAAACUAUGCCAUCUGCAUUUCGAGCGCAAACAAAUCAUGGUUAAGUCGAAUAACGAUCGCGCUCUGGUACGAAAUACGAUGCCCAGCAUUGCACCGGGAGCAGUUAAGAAGAAAAAAAGUAAGAAAAAAACUAAAUCUCCGAGUGCAUCUUCCUCGGCAAGCAAUUUUGAACCGUUGAGGUUUGAGGAUACACAGCCAAAUGUCGUGGAUGGCGACUCUCCCCUGUUCCACAAUAUCAACGGAUACGAAGUUGACUUACGAAUAGCUUCAAAGCAGGAGUUCUUUCGAUUACCAAAUGGAAAAUUGAUCAAGGUCCGGCGACAAUCCAAAAAGAACGAUAACAAAGCUCCUCCUGCUCCACCCGAGGUAGACAAACAGGAAAGACCUAGACCAUCCCGAACAUACAUUAACAAGCGAAUGGCAGAUUUGCGGACGGCAUCCAAUAAUGGCGCCAAUGUAUCACGCCUCGCGCCACAAACAACUCCACCGACUCCCCCGCAGACUGCGCCGCCUGUAGAUCCUUCAAAUGUGGUUAAUAUGCCUGCACUGACUGCACUGCAGGCCCUGAUGCAUAAGUAUCACGACGAUACCCCGUUCGGGAGCUUUCAGAAACAAUUCGAGGAUCGACUCAUUACCGCAGCGGAAAUCUCUCUCCACGUCGUGUCGAAAGUUAACAAUCUCAUCAAUUCCAACUCCUUCAAAGCGGCGGCUAGCGAACGGGACAUCAAGGAAUUGUACAUCAAUGUGUCCUACGUACUGAAAUACGCCGUCGAUCGGUUCAAGAUCCUGGAGGAUAACUGCGUUGACGACAUCAGGAGUAUGGGUUUCACCAAGAAUUCCGAUCUUGGUCCCAUGCUGGAUGAGCAGAACGCAAAAAGCCCACCGACCGAAUCGGAGGAAGAUGAGGAUGACGAUUGUGCCAUCGUUGAGCAACGAGCCGACACGAUAGAGAUAUUUUCCGACGACGACGAUGAUGAUGAUGAUAGUGGCAGCGAGGGGGACCGAGAACUCUCGAAACUUGAUGCUUCCUGUGCAUCGACAAUCGACUUGGAUGCUACAGAGGUGGACAUAUGUUCGGACACGGAGAGUGUCCACGAAGAGGAGCAGGAGGAGGAGGAGGCAACACAAAACAUUGAUAUCGACAUGAAAGAGGCAAACCGAGCCGAGAAAACCGAAGCGUACACGAUAGCGGGAUACGAAAUUACCGAAAGUCCUGAUCUGAUCCCAGAGGAGGAGGAAACAGAAUUGAACGAGGUCCAGAUUGAAAUGAAACACGACAUCGAGGAAACGACUACGGAAGUCACGCACGUUUUGGAGAGUUAUUUUCAUAGUGAAAGUGUCAAACAGGACGAAUCUAUGGAAAUGCAAAGCGAAUCUCAUCAGGAGUAUGAAAAUGGGUAUGAUGGGGCCGAGAUGUUGAUCAUAGAAGAAAACGAACAGGAGGGAGAAGCAACGGAAGAACUGAUUGAAAUUAUUGAGGGAGACGUGGAUUUGGACGAUGGGCAUGAGUACAAAGUGAUAGAAAUCGUUGACGGAGACGUUCUGUUUGGUAACGACUGAUAGUGUUCGCUUAAGAUUAAUUCAAUAGGUUCUCAACCUAAUGUACAUUCAAUCAACAUAAGUUUAGCCAUCGUUAUAUGACUCGUAACAUAUAAUAAAAGAACUGUACGAUAGAGUAUAAUUACAAUAUUUCGUUAUACAUUUAGUGCGUCGGUAUAGUUGGAAUUCAACAUCUUUACAUUUCGUUCAACUAUGUAUGUAUAUAUUUACGCGUAGGCUUAAAGUAUCUUAAACCUGCAACUUUUUCGUGUGAGUUUGUAGUUAUGUUAUUCACAUAAUUUGUAACAAGCUUGUAGCAAAGCUUCAU